CUGCUCCGUUGUAGUUUAGUAUCUGAUAAAGCAGAUUCGCGACAAGAGCUUGUUACAGGGGAUGUCAUCAGCUUCACUGACAAAAAAUCACACUAGCGGGAAAUGAUCAAUUAUUUUAUACGUCUUUUGGUUAGAGUGCAGGCGGCUGUGUGGAAUCUGCGGCGUGACGUCACGGCGCCACGUUUACUCCAAGCGGAGGGGGGGCGGAGUUUCGGAAAGAGGCGGGAAAUCGCCGGACAACUCAAAUCCGGGAGUCACCUGGAGACCAGAGAACUGGCGCAACGGCCGGAAAGUACCGGGAAACCGGAGAGCCGCCCGGCGGGGGGACAGAGCGGGCGGCCGUUGCCAUCACCUUCAAUACCCAAAGCAAAUGCCGUGAAUAUUGGAUCCAAGAUGCACAAAGGGGGAACACAAGGGAGAGGAGUGAAGAUGAAACCAGGCCAGCUGCCGGGGAAAAACCUUCCAGACAAAGGACCGACACAGAAGCCUUUUGUUGGCCGAGUGUUUUACCUGGACAUUACCUCAAGAUUGGUAGCUGAAAAACUGGAAAAAGACAUAAAGGAAUUGGGAGGGACUGUCGAAGGAUUUCUUAGUAAAGAAAUAAGUUGUCUAAUCACAAAUAAGAAAGAAGCAAAGUGUACAAAGUCACUAAAAUACCCAGGUUCCAUGCCAAGUCCUGAACCUGCCCAGAAUUCAGGUAGCAGUUCUGCUCGACCAAGUGGCCAUAAAGGAGAUGGGGGCUCCAGUAAGAAACCAGAAAAGGAAGAUGCCAGCAGAGGGAAAUCAUUACUUAAAAAAGUGAUAAAAGAACCGAAAAUUCUUCCAAAGAACAGCAUAUUAGCCAAUGCACUGAACUGGGGAGUCCGUGUUUUACACUUGGAUGAAGCAAAAAUAUAUAUUGAUCAAAAGAAGAGAUCUUUGCAACAGGUGAAGCAAUCACUGCAGCCAGAUGCAUCUACAAAGUCUGUAGUAAAACGUCCAGCAGCACGACGGAAAGUCAAAGCGCAGAAACUAAAGAGUCCGUUUAUCAAGGUGGAAGACAGCAGCUGUCUUAAUAAGACUUGGCAUGGGCAAGAUGAAGGAAACGUUACUCACAAUAAAUUAAAGGAGCAGAAAAGACGUGGAUACUGUGAAUGCUGCCUUCAGAAAUACGAUGACCUGGACGUUCACCUUCUGAGCCAACAACACAAGAAGUAUGCCCAGGGUCCGUACUAUCAAGAUGUGGACAAUCUUAUUACGUUAUUUGACUUUGACUUUGUUGACUGGUCAAAAUUUAAACAAGAAACACAAGGGUCAGGAUUAUUUAUUCCAGCUGGAAUAGUAAAACAAGAAGAGAAGGAUUUCCUUCUACAUAUGAACAAUGUUUACCCCCAAUCCCCUUCUAUCAGUAACCUGGCAUCUGGUGCUUUGCAGGGACCUGAAACCACACAACCCCAGGAUGCCGCCUCUGCUCUGGUCAGCAAUCUGGUCUGUCAUUCUGAGCCCAUCUUCACCGUUCCCUGUCCCCCACAAUCAUUAUGCAGCGUCACCUGUGCCACGGACUCCUUCUCCAAGCUGCCUAGUUCACGGGUCAUUACGCCCACCCAUGAGAACGUUUCCCCCACCCAGCUGGCUGAACCUGUAAACAUUUCACCGGGUCACCAUGAGAGUACACAAAAUGACUUUCAUCUAAAGGAGAGUGACUCUAAACGACUAACAGACCCCGUGGAUCUUUCUGAAGCUGCUCAAAAUGACAGGAACAGUGUAUCUGAGCCUUCCAACUGCUGCCCUAAUAAAAGACUUAAACUGGACGACUUGUUGUGUUCUACAACUCUGGAGACUGUCGGGGUGUCGUCUGCACCACCAAUGGGCAUGUACAAACCAGAACGGGACUUAGAAAACAGUUGUCUAUUGGGGCAUCCGGAUACAUUGUGCCACCUACCUCACAGCUCUCCUCCCAGCAAACUACACAGGAAAGUGAAACAAUUGGAGAGAAAGGAAAGAAAGCCGGAGGGGCCUCCCUGUAAUUCUCUUAAGGUUUCUGUCCCACUGGAAGAAUGCGUCAGCCUAUCCAAAGAGACACUUGAAUGUUUAUUUCAGAGCAGUGAUGUCCAAAAAGAGUUCUACGGCUUCUCCGGUAACUCUAUAGACGGUCUGCGGUGUAAAGAGGAUGAGGAGCAGCGGCCACCACCUCAUGGACAUGUUCUCUGGUCUUUAUUUUCAAGCACCGGUUCUUCAGCCUCUACUUUUAAUGGUUUUUAAUGUGGUUAUUUUAUUUUUUUAUGGUUUUAUAUAUUUUUGCAUAAGAAUGCCCUUCCAUAAGAAAAAAAUUAAAUUCUUUGCUUCUAAAAAAUUUUUUACA